UCCAAAUAGCAACCACAAGCUCCUUGUUGGUUUAGUUUGAAUCCUUCCUCAAACCAAGAACUAGUGUUCUGAAUUUGACGACUUUUAAAAAUACCAGGAUAGAUAUAUCAUGGCUCUUCCAUUUCUACCGGGAAAUACCUUCAACGAUCCAACGAAAACAAAGUUUCACAGACCCCAGACUUUAGGCUGGAGAAAUGGUUAUUCAUUGCCAGUAGCUCCGACCGCAGGCAUUGGUGGCGACCCUAUUCCCGAAAAUAAACUAACUCAGGAAGAACUAGACGAACUAGCCAACUUAAAGCCAAGUCUCACCUAUGGCCAAAAGGUUCAAGCUCCACCAGAGGACUUCGUACCAGCUCAUGUAGCCUUUGAUAAGAAGGUUCUACUCUUCCAUGCUUACUUCAAACARACAGUACACGAGUCUCCUAAGGAGUAUUAUAGAGUACGACCAGUGAAAAUUUAUUAUUACUUGGAAGAUGAUUCCAUAUCCGUCGUUGAACCAAUCGUUGAAAACAGUGGUAUUCCACAAGGCAAGCUUAUCAAGAGACAGCGAUUGCCCAAGAAUGACCUUGGAGAUUACUGGCACUGGAAGGACUUCAAUCUGGGGAUCACUGUAACAUUCUAUGGAAAAGUCUUCUUUGUUUGUGACUGUGAUGCCUGGACUAGGGAGUUUAUGGCAAGUGAGGGAAUUGACUUGAACCCCCCUGAAUCUAUCAAGCCAGACCCUCAUACUGAAUCUAGAAAGCAACCACUUCGCUCCUAUGUCACUCCAUCUGACUUUGACAAACUCAAGCAGUUUCUAAAACUAGACAGACAAGUUUUGAGGUUCUUCUGUGUUUGGGAUGACCGUGACAGCAUGUUUGGAGAAAUAAGACCAUGUAUCCUGCAUUACUACCUUGUUGAUGACACAGUAGAAGUGAGAGAAGUGCACAAGCCUAAUAAUGGACGAGAUCCAUUCCCAGUUCUUAUCUGCAGACAGAGACUUGCAAAGAAUAGAGACACAGUAGAAUCUUCCUUUCCUUCUUGUGUGUUGGAGAUGUCAGACCACGAAAUCAAGAAUUGGUUUUCCCCAGGUGACUUCAUGGUCGGCCAUACUAUUCACAUGAUGGGCCGAAGAUUCUUGCUCUACCAGUGUGAUGAAUUUACUAAAAAUUACUACCGGGAAAAAUUUGGAAUCACAGAGUUUGCCCCAGUUGAGGUUACAGAAGAACAGUAUGAAGCGAUCAAAAGGGUCUUUCCUCCUUACAAUGGUUUUGGUUCACUGGAAGACAGUCUGCAGUCUUGUUUGUCUCUGGUUCCUCAACCACCAAAGAAAGACUUUAUUAAGAUGUUGGAAAAUGACCACAAAGUCUUGAGAUAUGCUGCAAAUYUGGAAACUGUACGACCUGAGGACAAAAACCGUCGCUUUAUAAUAUCCUACCGCCUCGCUGAYGACAUGUUGACAAUUUACGAACCCCCAGUCAGGAAUGCUGGYAUUAUUGGAGGAAAAUUCUUGGAGCGAACAAGAGCAACAAAACCAGGGUCUUCUGUAGACAACCCAUCAUUCUAUACCCCAGCUGAUUUCAGCAUUGGAUCAGUCAUUCAUAUCUUUAAACACAGAUUCAGAAUUGUCAAUGCUGAUGAAUAUGUCCUCAAAUACCUGGAGUCCCAUGCCCAAAGCUGUCCUAUCGACACAAUCAACUCAAUUAGAGAAAUCCAUGGCAAGCCACCUACUACAACAGAGGAUCUUAUUGCCAAUGUCCCACAAGGGGAUACUGAACCCACACCUCCUGGUAGUGGCAAUGGCAUUAAGACAGAGUACCAACGAAGGUUCUAAUCAAGAUGCAAAAUUAAAUCACUAACAAUUGCUGAUAGAAAUAUUAUACAAUACAGAAACAAACUUGAAAGAAUGUUUAUUCCUGUUUUUUGUAAAUACAAUUAAUAUAAAUAUCUAUAAUUCCUCUAACCUACUGCAAUAUUGUGAAUGUCUUUUUGAAGUUUUCUCUUUCUCUUUGGUAAACGUCCUUUAUGUACAUAUGACAGUUGUUUUAGUUUCAAAUAGGAAAAAAUCCAAACAGAGAAAUAUUAUACAAAUGUGGUAAUGAGAAGUUUACAGGUUUUAUGGCUGCUUAAUAAAUGCUGUACAUUCAUAUUUUCAAACUAAAA